AUGGUGACCCUGGCUGAGACCCCCACUUCCUGCAGGUGUCUCAGGGGGGAGUUGGGAUAUGGUGACUCUGGCUGUGACCCCCACUUCCUGCAGGUGUCUCAGGGGGAGUUGGGAUAUGUCUUCUAUAUUCUCCCUGCCUUCCAGGUGCGUAGCCAGGGCGUGACAGAGGAGCUGAAGUGCCUCAGUCUGCUGAAUGCUCUGGAUAAAGACCAGGACAUCCCAGAGAACCUGGCUCAGCUGUUUGGAGAACCCUGCAUCAAGCUGGCAGAGGGCAUCAAGGCCUACAUCUCAAAGGUGACCGAGAACAUAAUCUCCAAGCAGACAUUUCAGGAAGCGAGAACGUUACCUCGCACCUUCAACACUUCCGGGUCAACGUUUGCGACCUCUGUGACCCAGCGUCCGUCAGCCCACCUGACCCUCAGAGACAGCAGUGCUCAAGCAGGGUCUCCUUCGUACCCCACCCCCCAGCCCGACCUCCACCAAUCAUGUCGCCACGCCGUCCGUUCCUGGGCCAAUCAGAGCUUUGGAGCCCAUCUUCACAACAUGACCUUAGCCAAUGGGAGGCUGCGUGUGCCCCAGGAUGGGCGGUACUACCUGUACUCACAGGUGUACUUCCGCUACCCAUCCCUUAAUGAAGGGGACCAGCAUACAACCAGUCACCAGCUGGUCCAGUGUGUAUACAAGAAGACGUCCUACCUGAGACCCAUCCAGCUGCUGAAGGGUGUAGGCACCAAGUGUUGGGCCCCAGACGCGGAGUACGCCCUCCACUCUGUGUACCAGGGAGGGCUGUUUGAGCUAAGGGCCGGGGAUGAGCUCUUUGUCUCUGUCUCGUCCCCCUCCAUGGUCCACGCGGAGGAUUCAGCAAGUUAUUUUGGGGCAUUCCGUUUGGACCUGUAAAGAUGGACGGAUGGAAACGAGAGGGUGGUACACCGCCGGAAGAGGGGGAUGGGUGGGAUAAAAAGGAAAGGUGGAGGAAAGGAGGACAGGGUCAGGACACUGCCAGGGUAAGGAAAGGGGGGGGGGGGGGUGAGAGGAGGGGAGGAAGGGGGAAACCCCAAGGAUUAAAUCCCUACUCUCCCUGCUUCCCUGGACGCUCCAAAGUGAAUUCUAAAAGGGGAUCUGUGGAUUCCAUAUGAGAAGGAGGGAGAAAACGUUGGACAGACACUGAGGAUCAAAUGACAGAAGAAUGUAUUGGUUUAUUGAUAUAUGAAUCACAUAAUAGAAUGUGGAUCUAUGGAACAGAACGGUAGCGAGAAUAAAAUAACACAUUUGUGAUCAUGUGAUGGCCAAGAUUUGUGCCAUGUGUGCAUAGGUUACAUCUGACUGUAUAGAAUGGAAGGAGUUGAUCACAGAAUGUAGAAUGAGUUCUGUUCUAUUCAUUCUAUUUGUAUGGAGUUGACCAUCUGUUCUGGGGGUUCUGACUGGACAUGUGGCCGUUUGGGAAAUUAGAAAAAUUACUUUUAUUUUGUAUCUGUGUUGUGUACAGACCAUUUGGAGGAAGAAGAAGAGUUGAGGACUUUAAAACAUGGGAUGUAAGACUGUUUGGAAGAGGAUUCUUACUUUAGUUGUGUAUAUGACAUGGGACACUGUCAAGCAGGGAGAGGGAGAGAGAGAGAGAGAGAGAAAGAGAGAGAGAGAGAGAGAGAGAGAAAUAAUGAAAGAGGAGGAGAGAGAGAGUGGUAUGCAGCCUCUUACCUGAACUGUGGCACUUUCUCUCUCUCUCUCUCUAAAAGGACUCUGUAGAAUCUGUCUCUCUUAAAUGACUCUGUAGAAUCUGUCUCUCUAAAAUGACUGUAGAAUCUGUCUCUCUAAAAUGACUCUAGAAAGAGACAAACAGCACAGAUCCUCACCCUACACACACUCCUCUCUGACACACACACACACCUCCCUUUGCAGUCUGGUAAAUGUCAGUGGCCAAGCGGAGUGUGUGUGUGUUUCUCCAGUGUUCCUUGGCUCCAUGGUUGGCUCAGGGGUAAGGUUAAACAAGCAAACACACUGCAGCAGGGCUCACACACACUGACACAUACACACAAAGCUGGUUGACAUACAAUUUAACCCCUGCUUCCUAGAAUCUGUGGGGUGGUUUGUAUCUGUGUAUAAAAUGAUUGUAUGUAUAGGUCUAUACUGUGAUUGUAUAGGUCUAUAUUGUGAUUGUAUAGGUCUAUACUGUGAUUGUAUAGUUCUAUAUUGUGAUUGUAUAGUUCUAUAUUGUGAUUGUAUAGGUCUAUACUGUGAUUGUAUAGUUCUAUACUGGGAUUGUAUAGUUCUAUAUUGUGAUUGUAUAGUUCUAUACUGUGUAAAUUUGAGGUUCACCAAAGCGAAGCAUAAUAAUAAUUGUUUAUUUCUUCUCACAGACAUCUCUAUUUGUGUCUGGUUGUUUUAACCCUUCCACCAUUGUUGAACUUUAACCGAGUGACUCUCACUCACCUUUAGUUAGUCCUCCUAGCUCCCAAUACCAUGGGGAGCCACAACAACCACUACAGCCCACUAACGGUACCGAGCCGGCUGCGGCGGUACCGAGCCGGCUGCGGCGGUACCGAGCCGGAUGCGGCGGUACCGAGCCGGAUGCGGCGGUACCGAGCCGGAUGCGGCGGUACCGAGCCGGAUGCGGCGGUACCGAGCCGGAUGCGGCGGUACCGAGCCGGAUGCAGCGGUACCGAGCCAGAUGCAGCGGUACCGAGCCAGAUGCAGCUGCGGUUGGAAGAUUCCUGGGAUUAGGAAGGAAUAAGCAGACAAUCCAGGAAUCCUGAAAUAACAUCUGACAUUUAGCAGGAGCUUUUAUCUAAAGCAAUUUACAGCAGUGAUACAUUUUCAUACUGGUGGCCCAGCAGGAAUCAAACCCAUGACCCUGGCAUUGCUAACGUCAUGCUCUACUAACUGAGCCACACAGGACAACCAACCGGGAAUCCUGGCACUUUGGGGAAAGUUACCAGAAUGUAAUAAAUGGUCCACCUACAUGUUAACAGAAUAUGUGUUGUAGAUAUCUUGUCCCACAGUGCAUUGUCUUCCUCUAUGGCAGGGGUGUCAAACUCAUUCCACGGAGGGCCUAGUGUCUGCAGGUUUUUGGUUUUUCCUUUCAAUAAAGCCCUAGACAACCAGGUGUGGGGAGUUCCUAACUAAUUAGUGAUGUUAAUUCAUCAAUCAAGUAUAAGGGAGGAGCGAAAACCCGCAGACACUCGGCCCCCCGUGGAAUGAGUUUGACACCUGUGGUCUAUAGGGUCCCCCUUUGGAUCGAUAUGUCAUUGUAGUUGUUUUGUGUACAGUAAUAGUAUAUCAUCUAUCAUCUAUGUAUAGACUGGUCCUCUAUCUAGUAUAUCAUCUAUCAGGACCAAACCUGUUGGCUGAACUCUGUUUAAUCUGAUUCAUGUUCAGGGCUUCGACAAUCUGUCAACAGUUAUCAACUGAACCCAGAGGCCAUAGGAGGCUGGUGGCGCCUUAAUUGGGGAGGUCGGGGCUCGUGGUUUCCAUGGUGUUUGAUGCCAUUCCAUUUGCUCCGUUCCAGCCGUUAUAAUGAGCCGUCCUCCCCUCAACAGCCUCCACUGGUGUAGGCAUGGAUACAACACACGCAGGCACAGUUAGAUAUAGUACCCACGCCCUGUAGGAACUGGCAAGGAGCUGUGCGUCAUUCACAUACAGAUUCAGUUCAAAUCAAACGUCUCCACUGCCGUGGUGGCUAUGGGAACGUCAUUAUGUUGAAUGUGUGUUGUAGACGAUUUGCACAAAGUGGGUCCCGGGUGUGUUUUUAUAGGUAAAUAGGCCUGACAGACUCAACGCCUUAUAUGAUUAUAGUGUAUCAAUGUAAUCACUGGCAGAAACUAUGUCGGCUAGUUUCACUGUCUCGCCCUGUCCCUGGAAAAGAGACUGAGUACAUUAGUACAUUAGUUUCACUGUCUCCCUGGAAAAGAUACUGAGUACAUUAUAACAGUUCUCAGUUGUAAUAUUACUGUUCUUGUGUUAUUUCCCAUGGGAAUGUGGUGCAAUGAUGUGAACCUCGCUGUGUGUGUGUGUGUGUGUGUGUGUGUGUGUGUGUGUGUGUGUGUGUGUGUGUGUGUGUGUGUGUGUGUGUGUGUGUGUGUGUGUGUGUGUUUAUCUGUGUGUGUGUGUGUGUGUGUGUGUGUGUGUGUGUGUGUGUGUGUGUGUGUGUGUGUGUGUGUGUGUGUGUGUGUGUGUGUGUGUGUACAUACAGUAGGUGGUAACAACAAGGAUGUUAAUAGAUUCCAUUGAAAUGACUUGGAUUCACAGAACUUCAACCCUCCUAACAAAAUACAUUUUCUAAAAAAGCAUCUCCAACAAACCAAAGUGUUGUGGACAACAACAGAUUGGACAACAACAACAACAACAACAACAUGUACCCAUCAACGUUAUUAUAGGAACAUGAAACUGAAACUAAAAUGAAAACUAAUGAGGAACAAAUUAUUUUUGAAAUAAUUGAAAAACGAAUAUAAAAAAAAAUAUAUAUAUAUAUAUAUAAUAACCUUGCUACCCAUUCACUGUAGAGAGAGAAUACAUGUGUAUCAUGUAAAUGUGAUGUAAUGUAUGAGGGAAGAAAAUCUGUAUCAUCCAGAGGACACAUUCUCAGACCCAUAUCCUAUGUAUGUUAUUGGUACAUCCUUGUUUAAAUUCACUCCAUGGGUCUGCAUCCUAAAUGGCACCCUGUCCCAUAUAUGAUGCACUAUUUUCAGUCCUACUGGCCCCGUUUAAAAAGGAGUGCACUAAAAUAGGUAAUAGGGUGCCAUAUGGAACUCAAUGCUACCUGUUCCAACACACUCUCUACAAACGUUUUUUUCUGUUUCAACUUGUUUUAUAAUGAUGAUAUCACAAGGCCACUUGUGGAAUGUACAUACAUAUAUACAUUUUAUUCUGACAUUACUUUGACUUAAUGUUCAAUUUGUGUUAAAUAAAGCGCUGACUGAUGCUGUA